AUGUCUGAUAAACCUUUGAUACAACAACAAUUGGCCAAUGAUCUAGCAGCAUUAAUUCUCGAUGUACCUGAAGAUAAUGUUCUUCCUUUUAUCUCUAUUUUUUGGCAAGUACAUUGUGAAGAAUGGCAUGGUUUAGAUCGUUUCAGAUUGGAUAAAUACCUUCUUUUAUUCCGGCGGAUUGUAUUUUAUUCAUUUUGUUGGUUGGCUCAAAAUGAUUGGGAUCAAGUUAAAGUAGAAGCCUAUACACGUCUUCUUCUUGAAGGACCUUUACAUCCUACGGAUCGUAAAAAACCAGAUGCCAUUGUCUAUCAUAUUUUGGAAAUUUAUUUUGAAGAAUUGGAAAAGGUGGUAGAAAUACAACAACAACAACAACAAGAUGAUUUCACUGUGCCUAUUGAUUUACUCAAACAACCCAUUAUUGUCUUAUCAACCGAUGCUCUGAACAAAACCACAAGAAUUAAGGCCAAGCAAAUCCUUUUGGAAUAUGAUACAAAGCAAAAUAAUGACAUGGAAGAUGAUUCUGAUUAG